CCACUCGGUCACCUUUUUUUUUCUCGUUUUCUUUUCAACGGUGCUGGUCACCCUUUCUUCUACUCAAUUCUCUCUUUCAUUCUCAACUUUUAAUCAUGCAAUUCUCACAAUCUUUAUUGUUCGUACUUUUGACUGCAUUCAGCUUUUCAUGGCUUGCACUAGCUGCACAAAACAGCGAAGGUCUCGGGAUGAACAAACGAUUGAUCAACUUUGGAUUCCACAAUAAAGACAAUAAUGAAAUUACGACAAACAACGAUAAUGUCGAUAGCAAUCUUUCCAUCACAAAUGGAGAUGUUGAAAUUAAUGGUCAUAAACUUAAUGAUGGCGUAAAUACGAUUGACGGUAAAACCUAUACAAAAACAAAAGGUUUUGUUAUCGGUCCAAGUAUUACAAAUGGACCGGGCUUUCAACUUUCACCGCAAGUUACAAAUGCUUUUGGAUGUAUGAAAGCCGGUAACAAUGUUGCAAUGGGUGAUUGCAAAGAUGUUCAAUCAAAGAUUGAUAAAGCAUUGGCAAGCGUUACAGGCGCUGGAAAACCAACACCAACGCCAAAAGAUUCAAAAGACAAAGCAAAAUCUGAUUCAUCGUCCACAACAACACAUACUUCUUCUCCUUUCCUUUCCGGCUUUGAUAACAUCUUUGCUUCUCACAAGGAUGCAGCCGUUUCAGCCAAAGGUCAUAAUGCCGAAUGGUCAAUCGCGCUAGCCCUUUCUGUUGCUGGUGUAUUGGCAAUUGUAUUCUAA